UUGUGCCAUUGAAUAUGGGCCAGGAGCUGCUGGCUACUCCCUCCUCUUACCUAUAAAAUAUGACACCAAAGAACUCUUUUUCCCACGCUGAAGCUCCCAUAGCUCCACUACCUUCCCAUUGAUCCAUGACCCUUCACUUUCUUCAUCCAUCUAAUCUUCUUGGAGAACUCUGAUCUGGUGAAGAAGGUGGCCUCCCUCUCCGCCAGCACCCUUAGCAAGAUGGAAGGAGAAGGAUGGGUCACCAGCCAUUGCUUGAGCAAAGAAGGUUUCCCCAAGCUCCUGUACAGCACCAUGGCAAGGCUUGGUAUUUUGGACCACCCGGAAUACAUGGGAAGAGAGUACGAGGAGUACGGCACAGAACGAUGUGAAGUGACUAUCUAUAUUGGAGCAAGUAAAGACUUCCCUGACAUAAAGCCAUGGUCAGUUACCACCACAGGGUUCCGAUUUGAGGACACCUACCAAGCUAUUGCCCGUAAGGCUCUGAGGUACCUAUGCCAGAUAUAUGAGAAGCCAAUCUGUCGUACGCCAAUGCGGUAUUUUCCGCCUCUGGUAAGGAACCGCCCAAUAUGGAUUACUCGGAUGAAGACCCUAGAAGGUUGUGAGUUAAGAGAAGAUAACCCAACUGUAGUGUUCAUGGCAAGGUACUUGCUCACCUUAGAUGAGGAAUAUGAUAAACAAGCAACCAAGCUCAAGGAGUGCAACCACAGGGCAGAAGAAGCUGAGAAGCAGAUCAGGAAACUUCGUGUGCAGCUUGCUGAGUCUAAGGCCCAAGUGACCAUAUCUGAAAGUCGUGAGAUCGCUGCAAUUGAAGCCUUAAAGCAAGCCGAUGACCGCCAUGCACAAGAAUUAAAAGAUGCCUACCUAGUCACUCGGGUGAAAAGAAGGGCUCUCAUAUUGGGUGGCAAAGAGUGUGAUGUGCUAGAUGGAAUCCCAAUUGUAGCCAUGGAUAACGCCAAAAAGAAGUUUGGUGAGACCCCGCCAGCACCUCCGCCUACAGAGGUCUCUGAGGAGGCUUCAGACCUGGAGCCUACCAAGGAAGAAGUCCUCCAGCAAAAUCAGCCACCGGCAGAGAGCAAAGUUGGUCUUCCUCUCAUCCCAUUAGAAGGCCCUUCAUCCUUAGAUGAAUGAUCUAGCUAGGCACUAGAAGAUCCAAGGGAAUGAAGCUACUGUCCGAAUUUAGAAUUCUAGAUUUAGUUUUAGCUAGCUCCUUUACACUAAGGGAAGUGAAAAUUACUUCACUUUGUGUAAACCCUCGUGUAAGGGAUAUGUGCCCCCAUGUAGUACAAGAUCUUUCUGCCUAUAAUGUAAUAG